AUGAAGCCCCUUUGCUCUUUAGCUGCUACCCCAAAGCUUUGGGCUGGCAACAGCUGCUACAUCAGUUUCAGAAGUAAAACCAAGACACAGGACAGCGCAUCUUCUUCGGUGGACGUCGGGCAGCCUUGCGAGACGCAGGCUUCUGCAGUCUCCAGUGCGACUGCCUCCAAAGAGAAACCAGCCGGUCGAAGUGAUAUGGAGACCCACGUCCGGGUCGUGGCUCGAUUCAGACCCCCAGUCACGGACGAAGAGUUCAACGACCAGCCGGUCUUUUUGCUGCGUCCAGGCGACAACUCCAAUGCCAUUGACAGUGGAGUGGCAGAAAAUGCCACAGUGGAGUCUCAGGAUGGGCGAUGGACCUUUGAAUUCGACACAGCGUUCAGUGAAGAGGCAAGCCAGCACGUGGUUUAUGACCGAAUUGGCCAACCGGCCGUGCAGGAUGUUCUUGCGGGCUACAAUGGAACGAUUCUGACGUACGGUCAGACAGGAAGUGGGAAAACAUUUACCCUCUUUGGGCCAAGUUUCACGGAGCGGGAGCUGCGUGGCCUCGCGCCAAGAGCCGCGGAACAGCUGGUGCAGGAAUGCCUGGAGAGACCAAGCGAGCUGGAGCAGGUUUCCAUCUACUGCACCUUCCUGGAGAUUUACCGGGAGAGGAUGCGAGACUUACUCCACCCGUCGAACCAGAGUCUCCGGAUCAAGGAAAUACCCCAGAGGGGCUUGAUCGUAGAUGGCUUGACUCAGGACGAAAUCAGCAGCACCAAGGAUGUUUUCAAAGCGCUAAAUGCAGGCAAUGCAUGGCGCUCUGUCGCAGCUACGAGGCAGAAUCAAUACUCUUCAAGGUCACACGCCAUCUUUACCAUUUACGUUUCCCGCCGCUGCGCCUCGGGGAGCAAUGUGCGGGAGCGCUCGGGCAAGCUGUCCCUGGUGGACCUGGCCGGCUCGGAGCGUGUCAGUCGGAGCCACUGUGUGGGCGAAACCCUCGAAGAGGCCAAGAAGAUCAACUCUUCGCUGACGGCCCUUGGUAAGGUCAUUGAUGCUUUGGUAGAGCGUCGCGGGCAUAUUCCGUACCGUGACUCAACUCUGACCCGGGUGCUGGAAGAGGCGCUGGGUGGCAAUUCCCGCACCACACUUUUGGUCGCUGCGUCGGCUUGCGCACAGUACCUGGACGAAACUAUUUGCUCGCUUCGGUUCGCUUCAAGAGCACAGAAGGUGAGCAAUUUUGCCCAAGUGAACUUUGUCUACUCCGCGGAAGAACUCCUGCCGUUGGUAAGCCAGUUGCAGCGUGAGCUUGCUGCUGCCCGGCGUGAGCUUGCGCAUCAGAGUUUGUCAACAAAGUCGCUCAGCUUGCCGCGGGCUCGCGCGAGGACAAGCUCUACAUGCUCAACAGACGACACCAAGGAGUCGUUUGUCCGCAUUCCGUUGCCAAAAUGCAUUGAGCGUGAUGUGUCCACCUUGUCCACCGGCCUGUCACGGCAUAGCACACUCUCGGCGGAGUCACCUCGCUCGGAGCAAAGCUCGCCAAGUGCACCUCCGUCAAGGUCGGGCGCCGAUGAGUUGGAGGAUUCUGCAUCGCUGUCGCCACCCCAGCCUUCCAGUGAGGCAUUGGCGCAAAGUGCUGCUGAAGCUCUGCGAUGCCUGGAGGAAAUGCUCCUAGCACAAGAGGAGGCAUUGGAGAAGGCCCAACUCCUGAGUGUGAGUCGGGAGGCGCGACCGUCCAGGCAGACGAGCUGCAGUGAUCCCGCAUCGCAGAGCCCUGUGAGCCCAAUCAGCCGAAAAACGGUGACGUCCGCCGGAUCAGAUGAGCUCGACCUCAAGGACGGGCGUGCACAUCUGAACUGCACCUGGAGCUCCGAAGGAGAAAAUGCCUUUGCACUGCGAUGGCGCUGUUUGCGACAGGCGGUGGAGGCCAGGGCGCUUCGCUGGCGCUUGCAACGCGAACGUCACCGCGCGGAGAGCAUGCAGUACGAGCUUCAGCUGAGGAAUCGCUACACCUCAGAUCUCGAGAGAAGACUGGAGGCUGCCCAGGCAGAGCUAACUUUGCUGCGGGCUCCGACGGAUGGGGCCGGCUGGGAGCUGAGUUUUAUGUCAUUUUAUGUAUGUAGUAGGGUAGGCAAAAAGCCAUUUUUGGAUAUAAGUGACCUAUAA